AUGUCGACACGCCCCGAUCGUCAACCUCUGCAACCUCCCGACAGACCGCUGUCCCUUGCAAUAUGGAACUUCACCUCGCAAUGGCUUCUCAUUCCGCAAGGAACUGGCAUCAUAUGUGUCAUUAUCGCUCGGCUACACUACCAAUUUAAUGGAUUACAGACUCUGGCCAAGAUUGUCUGGAUCUACACAAUCGUACUUUUCGGGUUGUGUCUAUUCUUUUACCUGCUGCGCAUACUCCUAUACCCAAAAGAUGUGCGACAUCAGCUCCGUACGAACUUGAUCGAGACAUCCUGCCUCUCAUGCACUCCCAUCGCCUAUACCUCUAUCCUUCAGUUAGCCAUUCUUCAGUAUGGCGACCGCGCAGGACUAGCGAUCUAUAUCCUCUGGUGGACCGAUACCGCAAUGGCAAUCAUCGUUUCCCUCGGAAUACCUUACAUCCAACUCAAAAUUCAAGCGCCAGGGGUCCAGAAGCUACCGCCCGUUGUGCUUCUCCCUUUCGUCGCCGUAUUGACAUCCGCUGCCGGCGGAGGAGCAAUAUGUCGGCAAAACCACGUCAGUGCGCGCUUACAAGUCCCGGUUAUUAUAGUGAGCUAUCUCGAAGUCGGAAUCGGGCUCGCAGUUACGACAGGAUUCAAUGUCAUCAUUAUGUUUCAGCAUUUCAACCAGGUCCACUCCGCCGCCGAUAAAGUCUUUCAGGAUAUGAUCAUCUGUGGCCCAUUGGGGCAGGGCGCGUUUGCCCUACAAGUCCUUGGAGAGGCGGCUCAGGGCAGUUUUGGGGCGUAUAAGCGAGGCACGUUCUUAACAGACAAGGCUGCAGAUACGAUUGGGUUCACGAGCCAAUUUCUCGGUCUUCUAACCUGGGGCUAUGGAAUUUUCUGGUGGAGCUUCGCUAUUCUUAGCAUAUGUCAUACUUUGGGCGUCUUCACAAAUGCGGCUGUGGUAUUCGGAAGGAUUAUGGAUUCACCCGCUUUUUACGUGAUCUCAACUGCUCACCUGUUGAUCCUCCUAGUGAUGUGGCUAGUCAACCAAAUUCUGACUCUCAGGGGGAUUAUCACCGGUCGCAUGCUCGGUUUAGAACAAGGCCGGAGAAGAAAAGGCGCUUUUCACACCGCUAGGGCUAGGGACCUAGCGGAGAACAAAGGUGUCUAG